AAAACCCUAUAUAUGGUUUUUCUGUUUUCACGCUUUAGUCACUGACUUUACAAUCACAUCAAUUAUUCUUAUUAUUCUUCCUUUUGAUACUACUCUCUUCUAUUUUCUCGUCAUUUCCACUCCAUGGAUAGGAAUUUUCGAAACAAUUAUAGAGGUGGCUGGAAUGAUAUGCGAUUCAAUGAUUUUAGUCAAGGCCAUUUUAACCAUCCUUACCAAAUUCCCAAUGAUCGUGGUCACCACUAUGCUGAGAACAAGUACUUACCACAUCAUGCGCCACAAUAUUUUCCUGAUAACAGGUCUUACCCACUUCAAAUGCCAGAAAAAUAUGCUAACAAGGGUUUACCACAUCAAAUCCCAGAAAAAUAUGCUAACAAGGGUUUACCACAUCAAAUCCCAGAACUAAAUAUUCCUAAUGUAGCCUCGUCCUCAGUACAACGUCCACAACAUGCACCGGAAUAUUAUGCCGAUAAUAGGUAUUUACCGCAUCAAACGCCAGGACGCUAUACUGAUAAGAUGAUGCACGUACCACAUCAAAUGCCAAAAGAAUAUGCGGAAAAAGGCCUACCACAUCAAAUUCCGGAACCAACUAUACCUGCUGUAGCCCCACCCCCAGUACAAUAUCUACUACAAAGGAUACAUUGUGAAAUUUGUGAUGUUUCAUUUCCUCGCAAGAACUUGAAAGAACAUAAUAAUGGAAAGAAACAUCGAGGAAUUUUAGAACUACGUGAGCAAUCAACGAAACAUAAAACUUCAAAUGGACAAUAUAGUAGAUUCAGGUACAAGGAACUUCCAAACGAAGGGUCUAAAAGGAAACACAGGGAUAACACUUGUGCAAAGGUUUGUGGUUUAAUGGCAAAAAAUGUGAGUGAUGAUGAUGCUCGUAGUUUGGAGUACAAGAAAGUUCCAACUGAAAGGUUUGAAAGGAAAAAUAGGGAUAACACUGGGACAAAGGAUUGCGGUUUAAAGGAAGAAAAUGUGAAUUAUGAAGCUCCUAGUUACAAGGAUGUUCCAGCUGAAAGGUCUAAAAGGAAACUCGGGGAUAACACUGGUGCUCUGGAUCACAGUUUCAAGGAAAAAAAUGUGAGUUAUGAUGCUCCUAGUUCGGAAGUUCCAACUGAAAGGUCUGAAAGGAAAAACAGUGAUAACACCUGUGCAAAGGAUCAUGGUUUUGAGGUAGGAAAUGCGAGUCAUGAAGCUCCUAGUUACAAGAAAGUUAAAGCUGAAAGGUUUAAAAGGAAAUUCAGGGAUAACAUUGGUGCAAAGGAUCAUGGUUUCAAGCAAAGAAUUGGAGGUGGCACAGGAGGUAAAUACAUGAAGAUGAAUAAUGGGAUAAGAAGGCCCAUGAAAUCAUCAAAACCUAAGGUCAAUGAUCUGUCAAAUUCAGUCAAAUCUCCUGUCCAAAUACCUGAGUUAACACCACCAUCAGGGCAUGUGGCUUCUCCUAUAGUGGCACCAAUCUCAGUAGAAGAAUCUAGUUUCGAGCCACAGUUUCAGCAUGUCUCAGACUCACCGACUCAAGAGUCCAAAGGCAAAGAACAUCAUGAGCUUCAAGAUACUACUAUGGAAAUGAAUGAUCAGCAACAAUCAACCCCAGUAGAGUUGAGUGCCUCAGCAAGCUUUAAUAUUAGUGCCGAGACAGAGUAUAUGAAUUGUGAUUUUGCACCAAUAGCAAUGCCAGAAGGAAAAGAACAUGAUGAGAUUCAGAACUUUGCUGUGGAAACAAAUGAUCAGUUGCAAUCAAUCUCAACGGAAUUGCAUGCCUCUGCAGGUUCUAAUAUUAGCACUGUGGCUGAAGAUAAAUGUUCUGACCCUGCUGCACUACUGAUAGCAUCACCACAAGGUCCUGUGACUUCUCAGGUAUUCACACCAUCACCAACAGUUGGAUCAAGUUUCGAACCCAAAAUUCAAAUUGAUUCACAGACAGAAGUGGCAGAAAGCGAAGAACAUCCCGAGGUUCAGAAUUGUGGUGUGGAAACAAAUGAUCAUUCCCUUGCAGGUUCUAAUACUAAUAGCCCGAUUGAAGACACGUGUUCUGAUUCUGGUGCAAUAGUAAUAGCACCACCACAAUCUCCCAUUGCUUCUCAGGUAUCCAUACCAGAAGCAGUGGCAGUUGUAUCAAGUUUUGAACCCAAAAGUCGACAAAUUAUACAGACAGAAAUGUCAGAAGACGAAGUUCAUAAUGAGAUUCAGAAUCAUACUGUUGAUUCAAAUGAUCAGCAACAAUCAAUCUCGAUGGAGAGUCACACUCCUGCUGGUUCUGUGAACUCUGAUUCUGCAGCAAUAGAAUUAGUUAUAGAACCACUUGCAUUCAAACCACCACAUGCAGCGGAGUCAAGUUUUGAACCACCACUUGCAUUCGAAGGCAUAGCAUGUUCUGAGAGCCAAAUUCCUACCGAUGAAACAGAUAUUCAACCGCUCGCAUUAGUUUUAGUGGAGAAGGCCCCUUCAGAUGAAAGUCCUCAAGCUGACCUUGAGAUGCCUGUUUCCGACACUGAGUUAGGGAUAGCUCAAAUUCCUCAGGUCCCAGUUUGUCUUAAGUGUGGUGAUGAAGGCUUUGUAGAGACGUUGGUAUAUUGCAAGAAAUGUGAAGAUGUUUCACUGCAUAGGUAUUGUUUAGAUGGGCCUGUGGUUUUUACCGACGAGGUUAUUUGGUUUUGUGAGGAUUGUGAAGUAAAGGAAGUUCACACAGCUUAUCCUGAUCAGUGUACUCUUCCUCUCCCAUCUCGAAUGAAUAACGCCGCAGUUGAUUCUAGUGAGGAUCGUGUGACUGCUGUUGCUCCACAGCCUGUUGCUGAUCCAAUCUGGAGGGGAAGUUUGAAGCUUUACAACCCAAGAUUAGAUGAUACAGUCACUAGACUAAUGGGCCAUUUGUCCACUUUAGCGUGCCCUAAAGUUCUUGAGAAGGCAAGACAUCUCCCUAAUGUGCUUUAUCCAGACUUGCUUCAAAGAUCAGCUGUGUGGCCUGAGAGUUUCAAGAAAUAUGGACCAAAUAACCAGAGCAUUGCCAUUUAUUUCUUUCCUCAAAAUGAAAGAGUUGAGAGAUCAUUUGAUCAGUUGGUUGAUGAAAUGAUUACCAGUGACCUUGCCAUAAGAGUUGGUGUUGAAAAAGCAGAGCUUUUAAUUUUUCCUUCUACAGUGCUCCCAACCCAAUAUAGGAGAUUUCAAUCAAAAUAUUACUUGUGGGGAAUUUUCAAAAGAAAGCAAGCAUCAAAUCCAAGACCAAUGAUGCAUGAUGCUAGUGUCUUUGAAUAGUUUGACGAGUAGUGGUAGUUUUUGUAUUAUUAAUGCAUAGUAGUAACGUGUAUCUACCCAUAAUUUAUGUAUGUAUAACAGUUUCACUAAUCACCAUUUUGUUUAUGUUUUUCUUAAAAGUUGGUGCUUUUAUUUUUGUAUGUAUCUUUUUAAGAAUUUUAUGAUAAUUAAAUAUGGUUUUCUGGAGCAGAAA